GAGAGAGAGAGACCGGUAGUGACGUCACGUCGCGAGGACCCGGCCCCUGGUACUAGCGGAGUGGCUCGCGAAUGUACAACCGGCCGGACGGACUGAGAAGGUAGACUCUGCUGCCGCCGCCGCCUUUGCUAAACAUUUGCUCUGAAGCCGUGUCCUCGGUGUUCUCGUGUAGUUAGAGACACCUUGACUUCCCGGAAGUGACGCUGCCUUCGUGUCGCGCCUUUGCUGCGCCGGAGGACUCUGCUGCUGCGACACGUUCACCGGCGGCCCGGGGGACAAACGCCGAGGACCUAGGACGCGCGUUCCCCAUGGAGCCCUUUCGCGGUCGAGCUCACGUGAGCUCCCGCACAUGGCUGCUGUGGCUGUGUGUUUACAGCCUUGCGUGUCUGCUGGACACGGUGUCCACCGGCGAGGAUUACUACCAGCUGCUAGGGCUCUCCAAGGACGCGUCCACCAGGGAGAUCCGACAGGCCUUCAAGAAGCUGGCCCUGGUCAUGCACCCUGAUAAGAACCCGAACGAUGAGAGCGCCCACGAGAAGUUCCUGAAGAUUAACCGGGCCUACGAGGUGCUGAAGGACGAGGAGCUGCGCAGGAAGUACGACAAGUACGGCGAGAGGGGGCUCCAGGACAGCCAGCAGGGCGGCCGAUACGAGAGCUGGAACUUCUACCGAUACGACUUUGGGAUCUAUGACGAGGACCUCGAGAUCAUCACGCUGGACUGGGGAGAUUUCGACGCUGCGGUGAACUCUGGGGAGCUGUGGUUUGUCAACUUCUACUUCCCUCGCUGCUCGCACUGCCACGAGCUCGCCCCCACGUGGAGGCAGUUUGCCAAGGAGAUGGACGGCGUGUUCAGAAUCGGAGCCGUGAACUGCGGAGACAACGGACGCCUGUGUCGCAGCAAGGGUGUGAGCAGCUACCCGAGCCUCUACGUGUUCAGGGCUGGAAUGAGCGCUCAGAAGUACUUUGGCGACAGGUCCAAGGAGAGCCUCGUCAGCUUUGCCAUGCAGUUUGUGAGCAGCAAGGUGACGGAGCUGUGGGAAGGCAACAUCCGCACUGAGAUGGACAGAGCAUCUGCGUUGGGCAUCGGCUGGUUGCUGACCUUCUGCACAGACUCGGGAGACUGCCUGGAGUCACAGACGAGGCAAAAGUUGGCUGGGAUGCUGGAGGGCCUGGUGAGCGUCGGCUGGCUGGACUGCUCCGUGCAGGCGGAGCUCUGCGAGCGCCUUCACGUCACGUCUAGCUUCACAGCCUACUCCCCCCCCGGCAGCAGCCUAGAGCAGAGGGACCACAUGCUGCUCAUUCACAGUCUGGAUGUGAAGGAGAUCUACAGUGAAGUGAUACAGUACCUGCCGGACCUGGAGAGCCUGACCCAGGACACAUUCACGGACAAACUGGAGAACCAGCGCUGGCUGGUGAGCUUCACCUUUGGACAGAAAAACCUGGGAUCCAUCGAGUACAGGAAGCUCCAGGUGCUUCUCAAGGAAGCCAGCGUAAAGGUGGGCCAAGUGGAUUGCCUGACAGAAUCCCGGCUCUGUGACGCCUUCUACAUCCAGAAGCCGAGCAUCGCUGUCUUCAAGGACACUGGGGUCAAUGACUUUGAGGUGUACCACGGGAAGGAACUCUUAUACAACGUUGUGGGCUUUGCCAAGGACAGCGCCAAUGCGCACGUCACCACGCUGCUGCCCAGGAACUUCCCCCGGAAUGAGAAGGAACCCUGGCUAGUGGACUUUUUCGCACCCUGGUGUCCUCCUUGUCGAGCCCUGCUGCCGGAGCUGAGGAAAGCCUCUGUCCAGCUCUUUGGUCAGUUGAAGUUCGGAACCCUCGACUGCACUAUUCACGAGGGCCUCUGCCGCACGUAUAACAUCCAGGCGUACCCGACAACUGUAAUCUUCAACCGCUCCAGCAUCCACGAGUAUGAGGGCCACCACACGGCGGAUGGCAUCCUGCAGUUCAUCGAGGACCUGGUCAACCCGGUAGUGGUUCCUCUCACCCCGGACAACUUCGAUGAGCUGGUGAGGCAGCGCAGGCCCAACGAGACAUGGACGGUGGACUUCUACGCUCCGUGGUGCGGACCGUGCCAGGCACUGCUGCCAGAGUGGCGGAGGAUGGCCCGGAUGGUGAACGGCAUCGUGAAGGUGGGCACUGUGGACUGCCAGAAGUACCACUGGUUCUGCCAGCAGGAGAGUGUGAGAGCGUAUCCCGAGAUCCGCCUGUUCCCCCAGGACUCACGGAGCCGCAACCACUACGAGAGCUACAAUGGGUGGCACCGGGAUGCCCACUCCCUGCGCGCCUGGGCUCUCGGGUCCCUGCCCAGGGUGUCUGUGGACCUCAACCCCGAGGAUUUCAAGCAGAUGGUGCUGCGGGGACGCGACCACUGGGUGCUGGACUUCUAUGCCCCCUGGUGUGGGCCGUGCCAGCACUUCGCCCCCGAGUUUGAGCUGCUCGCCCGAGUGCUCCAGGGGACGGUGAGGGCAGGGAAGCUGGACUGUCAGGCUCAUGGGGAGACAUGCCAGAGCGUGGGCAUCAGGGCGUACCCCACGGUGCGCUUCUACCCCUAUCUGGGGUCAAACAAGCGAGACCAGGGGGGGGAGUACAUCAACAGCAGAGAUGCCAACACGAUCGUGGCCAUCGUCCGCCAGCGGCUGCACACGCUCGUGCCACAGCUGCGGGGCCACAGCGGCCCCCCUAAGGAGGAGCUGUAGUCGGAAUCAUCGCUCGCUCAGGACGCCGAGGGGCCACAGAUGAGUGUUGGAUUCAAGGACAGAACCAGAGACUCUUCACUGAGCGGUGCUACUGUCCUGGGAUGUUGGAGAGGCCCUACUGGCAGGGUGAUGCUGUCUCUCACGGACCCUCGGACUGCACACUCCACACGCUGCUCUCGGACCUUUGACAGACGCUUUCUUGCAGCGAGCGAGUGGUGUGCGCCUGUGUGCACGGGGGUAGGGGGUAGGGGGCAGGGAGCAGGGGUGUCUGCGGUGCAGCUCACUUAUCGUGCCCCUAUUGUCACAUUUACCUGUCUGGAAGGGUGUCUCUUUGCCCCUGAGGUUUGAGGUGUGUUCUGCUCGCUGUUGUUUACAGAGGAAGUACUCACCACUGUUACUGAUGUCGUCAAACCCUCGUCCUGGGUUUCCCCGACCCCUCAUCUCACUGCAUUCUUCUGAAGUGUCCUUCUGUACAGUGGAACAAACACCCUGCCUACAUCCCACUGUCAUUGAAUAAACUUUUUUUUUUUUUUUUUUUAUAAACUACAUCUGUCACUGAUCUCUUACAUGGGGGGAGAAACG